AUGAUAUUUCUUCUGAGAGGACAGCCGCCGCUUAUGCUUUCGAAAUACUGCGUGAGGCUUUGCUCAAGUUGUUGUAUGUACCUUGCCCCGGCAGGCAUUUUUCUCGUGUUUCCUCCAAUGUGGCGCUUUCCACUCAUUAUUGCCUUGGUGGUGUUGCUGACUCACUUAAAAGGGGAGUCGCCAUUUCUGAAAAUGGAGGCUUUCACCUUGAGCGGAAAUCUGGUCUUAAGGAUAAGGCCCCAUCUGGUGGAAGCGGUGUGGUUCAUGGAGUUACAGUUGGUUGAACCUUUUCCUUUACCAGAUGAUAAACGAAGUAGAACAAAGGCCGCAGAGGAGUCGUUUCGACAUCUUCAAAGCAUGAACGAUGUGACUGACGGUCUUGUCACGAAAAUUUUUCAGACUCCGACUGAGCUAAGGAAUGGAGGGAACUUCGCCAGAGUAGCAGCGGAGGUUUUGACUCAGUGGCUACUACAGAUCGCUGGCGCCACAAGAACCGAAGAGCAGCUUGCUUCUGUGCCUCGCAUAUUUGGGGUACUUGUGGAGCCUAUUCGUAUGCACACGAAAAAGAGUCUUGCUGAGGAUUCGUCAGGACUAUAUGCAGUGAUCAGUAUUUUGAUGGAGCAGGUGAAGCCCUUAGAUUUCAACAAGCACAACGUUUUUCAAUUGCACCCCCGAGCGGUCAUGAAGGGUAGUCGAGAUCCUAUCGCAGAGGUGACGAAACAAAUGGAGACGCGUCCUGUACCCAGAUUGUUAGCAAUCUACAAGGGCUUUCGCUCAGCGGUUCAGACUCUGGCGCAUUUUGGUGUCAUUCAUUUUGACAUCAAGCCGGAUAAUCUAGCGCUGUCCAACGAUUUACCUCACCGUUCGAUCAUUCUUGACUUUGGUUCGGCCCAGGUCGUUGGCAGUCGUUUGCCCGAUGAAAGGCAAGAGCUGUCCAACUCCAAGGAUACUCGUAUGUCCAAUAUGUGCGGGAGUGUGCAAGGAAAUCUAGCCUCCAAUCGUCGACUUCUACCACGUCUUAAAGCCCUAGACGCGUCCAGGCCCAUCGAGUUCGGUGCUUGGGCGUUUAGUCAUCCAGCUGUUACGAAAGUGGGGCAGUGCCGCGAUGAAGAUGAUAGCUCUGCUUUUGGAGAACCUUUUGGUUUACCUGAGGAUAGUUCUGACUCUGCUGAGGAACAAAAAUUUGAGGUACUGCGUCAGUCCUCUGGACGAGCAACACUACUUCAACGAUCUCGAAAACGAGUAGCACCACAAGGCGCUGGGUCUGUUGGGCGCAGCUGGACCUUCAUCCGGUGCAUCUGGACCUUCAUACGGAAGUGCGACGUGUCUUCAAGAGCAGAGUCGUGGUGGAGAUAUGCCCACAUUGAGGGGCAAGUACAUUGA